CUCCAACACCCAUCUGGUCCCAUCGACCAUAGCCCAGCCUGUCCAGCAGCACUUUUGUACAAGUUUUGGCACCUCACACGCUGCAAUGGGGAAGAAGAAACAGCAGAAGAAAGGUGUCAGCGAUGAAGUUACGAGAAGCAAACUCUUAGACAGAAGACACAUCAAAAUGCACGGCGCCAUCAAGAAAUUGGAUUUCGACGCCAUCCGGCUGCUUUUGGGUACAGGCGAAACCUUCUGCACCAAAGAGGGCCUAAACUGCUUCAUUCUGGCUGCCUCCUUGUCUGGGCAAAGCGAGUCGUCUCGAUGGAGUCUCGUCCACAGAAUGUUGUCCACUGACCCCCAAUCUGGAUUGCAAGCUAAAAAUGAGGACGGCUCAACCCUGCUGAUGAUUUUUUCGAACUGCCAAGAGAAGAUCCAGUUGCUUGUGGAUUUGGGUGCAGACGUCGACGCUGUGGACAAGGCAAAUAAUUCGGUCCUGAUGAGAUCGUACAAGCACUCCAAAGCGGAUGCUCAAGCAUUCCUGAGGCUGCUCGAGUUUGGCGCCAACCCGAAUGUACCCACAGGGCACAGGUACCCGAACAUCAUCUCAUUCAUGCUCGCCAAACGCAAACACUGUUCGAACGACUCGUCCGUGCUCUCGUUCAAACAUUUGAUGCAGCCCGAGUUUUUCAGCAAAUUGGAUUCGACACAAUUUGAGGAAAAUCCCAUUUUUGAUUGCCUGGAUUUCUGCUGCCAUCUGAACCAAAACAGCUACAGAAUGCUCGAGUUGGGCGAAUUGCUGAGGGACACGGAUUUCUCUCCGUUCGGCCCCAUGCUGACAACAAGGAAGACCAGUUUAGUGUCGCAAGAGACGCCCGAGUGGACGCUGCUGAAAGAAGCCACCAGCGUUCCGGAAAAGGUCUUGCUGGAUCCACAGAGCUUUCUCCUCCUCAACCUAAAACUGGACAAAAUUCGAGGUGACGGCACCAGUAAUUUGAAGGGACUGCUCGAUUCUAUCCAGGGCUAUGUUGCUGUCAACAACACAGAAGUUUUACCUCCAGCUCUGGCCCUUUUGUACAACUUGAUUCAGCUCUCUGGUUUCGGACCACCACCGAUACAUCAAUUGUCACACGAGUUGGAGUCUGACCCUCUAGAUAUUCCAUUGCCACCUGGACUGCUGGUCGCUAAUGGGCAUGGUCUUGAUCCAAUGAGAGCGUACGAUGAACAUCGUGAGCAGUUCCGAUGCACCCAUUAUUUCUUAAAAGACUUCUGCAUCGAAGACGAGACUUUUCGCCUGAGCGGCUCGUGGCUCGAAGUGGUCGUUUGGCUGGGUCCAGUUUUGUCCAACAUGUCUUCACAAGAUAUUUCCAAAUUUGUUGAGGAUUUGAUCUUUCAAAUCCCCGAGAACCCGCUGGACGUGCUGAAUCAGAUCUUGGUCAACAUGCGCCUGUUGAUUUCCCGUUCUGAGCAGAUGCAACGUUACUUGGAGAAUUUCUGCGAUUGGCCAUUGCGUUACAUGAUGGAAAUCAUUCUUGGCCCCGACUGCACUCUUCGACCUGACAAGAUUCUGCACAAUGACUUGGACGAGAAAAUUUUGAGCAAAGCCGAGGAAAUACUGGAAGGAGAGGGAGAAAACGUCCGAGGCAAAGUACAAGCACUUGAAGCUCUUAGUUUGUGGGCCGUCAGGAAAAGGCUGUUCAAGUGUCGAAAAGAGGGCCAGGGCCUUGGUGACUGCAUCGCCGAGUUGGUCGAGACCUCACAACUUCCUCAAAGCCUGCAAAAUGACCUGAUGCUUUUCAAGUGACUGUUCUUUUCUCAGGUUCAUUUGUGAUACUGCGCCGACCACACAGGUGUGUCCGACACAUGUUGGUACACCAGGUGGGUGGGAGGCGGAGCACCUCGGUGAGUCUUGGGCUCCAUAGAGGGAGUACGAAAUAAAGAAAGGAAAAGAGUUAUGAAUUGUUUAAUUAAUUGAAGCCAUGUUUAUAUUUCAGACCAAGGAGUAAAUAGUUGGAUAAAGCAUACCAAGACCACCAAGUUAGUUUUGAUUUCCUGAAAUGUAAAUAAAGAAUUUACUUAAUAUUAUCUGAAUAAAUCUUGUACACUUGAUACUUUAUAAUUUUGUAUUUGGAAUAGGUUCUUGAGAAAUAAAAUGAAUCUUUCUCUUUCAUCUGUUUCUUGGU